AUGAAAGCGCCUACAGGAGACCAAGCGUACACGCUCGUAUCGCUCGUCAAUAGAGAAGACGCGCCGGUGCAGCUCUCCCCUUUUGUCUGGAAGACGAUUAUCGAGCUGAGAUACCUAGGAGUCAACUACAAGGAAGACCCGAGGACAUUCGAUGGGAUUCGGACGGACCUGGCCAAGGAGCUGGGGGACGAAAAGAUCCUGGUACCCGUACUGAAAGAUGCGGAGGGGGAAUGGCUCAAAGACUCGUUCGAAAUUGCGCUCUACCUGGACCGGACGCACGCCCUGCCCAAGGGCAAAUCCCUCUUCCUGCACGGUGUAGGCGGGAGGGAGUUCUGCCGCUUUGUCAACUUCUGGGCAGACACUGUACUCGCUCCUGACCUCGGCGCUAUUGUUAGGCCAAGGACCUGCGCAAGUAUACCCCCCGACUCGGCAUCCUACGACUACUUUGCCCGUUCCCGCUUCUCCAACGCCGACGGCGCCUCCAAGGCCCUUGCAGACUCACACGACCCCGAGAUCUCGUCUGCACGCUUCGCGUCCGCUCGCAAGUCUUUGGGUCUCAUCAACAAUAUGCUGAAAUACCAAGCGAGCCAAGGCAAGAAGUUUAUCGGCGGCGACUUUUCGCAUGCGGACGCAGCGGUGUUUGGGUGGUAUAUGUGGAGCACGCAGUUCGCGCCCGAAUCCAGGGAGAAGGUGUGGGAGACGGAGGAGGCGGGCGGGGAGGCGGUCAAGACUUGGGUGGGCGAGAUGAAGGGGUUGCCGGGGUGGCAGGAGGGCGAGUUUGAGCAUAUCGAGGCGGCGCAGAAGUGA